AUGUAUGGCAAAUGCGGCAGCGUGGCCGAUUCAUUCGCCGUGUUCCAGCGCGCCAGAGGUCGAAACCUCUACUCGUGGAACAUGAUGCUCCAGGCAUUUGCCCUAAAUGGGGAUCUGUCCAGAGCCAAGAAUCUCUUCGAUAGAAUGCCGCAAAAAGACGUGGUUUCAUGGACGGCUAUCAUGGCAGCUUUUGCCGCUAAUGGUCGUUUAAACGAGGCCAGUUUGCUGUUCGAUUCUCUGCCCUGCCCUAAUCUUGUGUCGAGGAAUGUAAUGCUUGCAGCAUAUGCCAGGGCUGGGCAUUUGGAGUCCGCGUGGAAAGCUUUCAACGCCAUGGGUGAGAGAAGCGUUGCUUCUUGGACGUCGAUGAUCCAGCCACUGGCGGAAUUAGGGAAAGUAGAGGUGGCCCAGCAGAUUUACGAUCGGAUGCCAAUGUGGAAUGUAAUCACGUCGACUUCGAUUUUAGCUGCAUAUACCCAAAGCGGGAAUUUUGACAUGGCCUUGGAGGCCUUUGAUUCCAUGCCGGAGAUCAAUGUGGUAACGUGUACGGUCAUGAUCAGCUGCUACGCGGCAUGUUUCCAGAUUGAAGAGGCUCUCAAAGUUUUCGACUCGAUGCUGGAGAGAAACGUUGUGGCAUGGACCGAAAUGGUGCACGCAUAUGCGGAUCUUGGGCAUCUUGAAGAGGCAAAACUUCUUUUCUACAAGAUGCCUUGUUGGACUCUUGUCCCUUGGAACGUGAUGCUUUUGGCAUAUGCCGUGGCCGGGCAUCUGGAGGACGCCAAGCUCAUGUUUGAGACGAGCCCCUCACGCAGCGUUUUCUCCUGGACGGCCAUGAUCCAGGCAUAUUCCUGCCGUGGAGACUUUGCACAGGCGGAGGAUAUUCUCCUUUGCAAGAUCCCAAUGAUGGACGUCGUGGCCGCGAACACAAUGCUCGCGACGUACACGCUCGCUGGGUGUACGGACAAGGCCGAGAGGCUCUUUGAGACAAUGCCUGUGCGAGAUGAGGUGACUUCGGAUACAAUGCUGGUGGGAUAUUCCCAGAAUGGUGAGCUGCUCAAGGCAUUGUAUUUCUUCAAGGAAAUGAGACAUCGAACCGCGUCUUCGUGGAGCAUCGUGGUUUUGGAGUGCUGUAGAAAUUUGGGGCUCGAGGAAGCCAAAGUUUUGUUUCAAAAUAUGCCUCUUGUGAGCUCGAGCUCCUGUGCUGCGCUCGUGGAGCUCUACACGCUGAGUGGUCUCUUAAUGGAAGCGAGGCAGCUCAUUGAAAGAAUGCUCCAAGUUGAUAUCACAUCGUGGAACAUGUUGCUCGCGGGGUACUCGCUGAACGGCUACUGCGACGAUGCCAAGAGAACUUUCGAUGGGAUCUCCAGCCGGAACGAGGUAACCUGGAACUCCAUGGUCGGAGCUUACGUCCAGAACGGGCAGCUGAGUAGAGCCAUCGAAAUGCUUGAGAGAAUGCCGCAGCUUGCUCUGGUUACCUGGAACACACUCCUGGGAGCUCUCCUCCAGAACGGCCGCGCUCGAGAAUCCAUCCAUCUCUUCCACCAAAUGCUGCUCGAAGCAGUGACCCCAAAUGCGGUGGCUUUCGUAAGCGUUCUUGCUGCUUGCAGCCAUGCAGGACUUGUAAGUUCCAGCUGCCACUACUUCACGGCGAUGCUCUCCGACUACGAGCUAGCACCUGUUGCGGAACACUUUUCCUGCGUGAUCGAUCUUCUGGGACGUGUUGGAAGGCUAGAAGAUGCGGAGGUGUUGAUUAAUUUUUCGCCUUUCCCUCCAAGCAUCGUGGUGUGGGGAGCACUGCUUGGAUCUUGUAAGAUUCACUCUGACUUUGAAAGAGGUGUACGUGUUGCUAAAAGUAUUCUGGAGCUGGAUCCCACGCACGAUGGAUCCUUGGUCUUUCUAAGCACUGUAAUUACGUAA